AUGCACGCUUUCCAAACCUCCUUCUUGGACCUCGCCUUGGAGUCGCAGGCUCUCAAGUUCGGCACCUUCACUCUUAAGUCUGGUCGCCAGUCUCCAUACUUCUUCAACUUGGGCUUGUUCAACAACGGCAAGCUCUUGUCCACUUUGGCAACCGCCUAUGCCAAUGCCAUUAUUGAGUCUGGUGUUGAGUUUGACAUUCUUUUCGGCCCAGCUUACAAGGGUAUCCCAUUGGCGGCUAUUACCGUUGCCAAGUUAGCUGAGCUCGCUCCAGAGAAGUACUCUGAGUUGGGUUACUCCUUCAACAGAAAGGAGAAGAAGGACCACGGUGAGGGUGGUUCUAUUGUGGGAUGUCCUUUGGGAGGUAAAAAGAUCUUGAUCAUCGACGACGUUAUGACGGCUGGUACUGCCAUCAACGAAGCUUUCGAGAUCAUCUCCAACGAGAAGGGUACAGUGGCCGGCUGCAUUAUCGCUUUGGACAGACAGGAGACCACUCCUGACUCCGACAAGUCUGCUACCCAGGCCGUUGCCGCCAGGUACGGUAUCCCUGUUUUCUCGAUCGUUUCCUUGUCCGACAUUGUCACUCACUUGAAGGACAAGUUGUCUCCCGAGAACUUGGCGGACAUUGACACCUACAGAAAGAAGUACGCUCCUAAGGCCUAG